UACCCGCCCGCACACCCGCAGUCAAGCGAGAGGCAACAGCUAGCCAGCUGCGCGUCUUGUGUUUUUCUGCUUUUGCGGUGCGAUUGACGUUUCUUUCCUGUAUUUUUUUGUCAUAUUUACAAAAAUAAACUGAAUAGUGUACACUCGCGUGUGAAUAUUUAUGAAUGUUUACAUACCUGGACUGAAUAGUAUCGUAAUCUAGGCGAACAUUCAAAAACAGUGCUGUACGAACAGUUUUCUUCACAUGAUCCCAGUGCCUUUUGUCUGUAAAAUAGUGAAUUAGACAAGAUUGGUGUGGUUUUGUUGCAUCGCUCCUGGAAGGUUACUUGUGGGACCCUACAGUGUGACCAGUGAUUGUUGUCGUGGCCGGUUUCCGUGGAGGAAACUUUCGAAACGUGAAUAAAAUAGUGGUUAAUGCUUGCAUAGCGAAUGCGGACUUCGGUUGCAACGCAUUCCACAGGGAAGCAAGGUGCCGCCAAUAAGCAUUUUACGGGAGACGAGCGGCGCGGGUGGCGGGGCGGGCGGCGCGACGCUGCUUGCCAUGAACGCCACCCAGGUGCAGUGCGAGCCACACGACUCAGUCGUUCUCAUCAAGUAUGAGCACCGCUCAGCAGGUGGCAGUUGGGAGGAGCCUGUGAGUGCGGUGAGGAACGCACCGCUCAGACGCUCGCAACGUCUCAACUCCACCCUGGAUUCCAGGAGCACCGGCCAGCUUCGCAACACCCUCAGUCGCGCCCGCGAGCUAUGCGAGCGUUGGCGCAGCGGCGGCGCGACCCCAACGCCCCCGGCGCCCCCGCCCGACGACGAGGGCGGGGGGCGGCUGGCGCGAUGGUUCAGCGUGCGCCGGGGGUCGGCCCACCAGUACGACAUGCAUACACAGGAGUCGGACAAGAUGCCCAAGUUACCAGAGCUCGAAGAGGAGUUAUUCUCAUGCGGCGGCGAGGUGCGCGGCGGGCGAGUGCCACCACCGUCGCUCGGCGCGCCGCCGGAAUUCCUCACGCCGGUGCAACUACGACGCCGGCACGUGGUGGCGGCCAUCAUACACAGCGAGAACUCCUAUGUGGCGACGUUGCAGCGGCUCGUAAAUGACUACAAGAAGCCCCUAGAAGAGAGCAGUCCCGCGAUCUUGAAUGUGAGCAAGAUCCAGACGCUGUUCCAUCGUUUGCCAGACAUCCUGCAAUGCCACCUGCAUUUCCGCACCGCACUCGCCGACUGUGCGCGCACGUGGGACCGCGAUGAAAAAAUUGGCGAGGUCUUUCUCAGCGCGUUCUCAAAGGCAGUGGUGCUGGAUGUGUACUCUGACUUCAUCAACAACUUCUCCGUGGCCAUGGAACUGGCAAAAAUGGAGUCCAAACGCAAGUCCGCGCUGGCAGACUUCUUCAAGGUCAAGCAGAUCAGCGCGCACGACCGGCUCUCAUUCUUCGGUUUGAUGGUGAAACCGGUGCAACGGUUCCCACAGUUCAUUAUGUUCUUGCAGGAUCUAUUGAAACAUACUCCGCCUGGACACUCGGAUAGGGUAGCUCUACAAAGGGCUCUGACGAGAUUAGAAGCUCUGGCUGAGGCGCUUAACGAGAGGAAACGUGACGCGGAAAGAACGCAGGCGUUCCGUGCCGCGUUGCGUCGCCUGACAAGGGGCGGGGUUGCGGGCGCGGGGGGUGCGGGCGGUGCCGCGAGAUUCGGUGCGGCCAGAUUACUCGCCUCCCGCGCCGACAAGCGGCAUUUGCUGAGACAAGACGACUUGCUGCAACUGGAAUUCAAUCAAUCCGGUGGCAUGUCGAAAUGCAAGCCCCGUCGGCUUCUACUCCUGAACGACUUGGUCGUUUGCGUGUCAGUGGGCGCCGGCGGUGAUGACGCAGAGAGAUUGGGACUGAAGUGGGCUCAUCCGGUCCAAGAUGUGGACGUUCUGGACACGGGCACUUCGCCUACGUUGAGCCGAGUGCUGGCACAAGGCAUGAACCGCAGCGGCAGUCUCCGCUCCAACUCCAGCAACGGGCACAGCACCACAAGCGGCGACUCCCUAUGCAGCGAGAUGUCAGCGUUAAUGCACGACUACGAGACAGUGUCGCGAAUGGCUGACUUAGCCGCGUCGCUUCAUACCCCGUACCCCGAGCUGGCAAGCGAUAUGUUCCGCGUGCUGCUGCAGGACAUACAGCGUAGUAUACAGAAAAAGGACGACGAAAUGGCGUGGGUUGACUCCUGUUGUCUCCAAUUAACAAUAAGAGGUCGCGAAGAACCCGUAACGUUCCGAGCUAGCGAGCCGGGCGCCCGUCUCACCUGGGCCACAGAGUUGAGAUUGGCUCAACUAGCUCAAGCUUCGGCCAAUUCUCCCGCGUGGAGAAUGCCCGCACCACAACAUGCGCCUGCGCACAAAAUGCCAUUAUUCGUCGCCGCUGCACCUGUGUAUUCUUCCCCUCAACUCACAGAGGUCCGCUGCGGUUGCUUCUACACCUCAAGCGGUUCUCCCCGCGGCGCUUCCACUCGCCGCUCCCGUUCCCUACUAUGGGUCUGCGCUGGAGGCGGGAACGAUAGCCAAGUGGCAGUCCUAGCUCACCGCGCGGCCAAACUGAAGACCCUCGUCACGCUGCACCUGCCCGCCACCAAGGUAACUUCUAUGGAAUACGCGAAAGGGGUUCGACAAGUGACCACGCUGUGCGGCGACACAGUGUGGCUCGGCACUGAAGACAAGAAGAUCAUCAUAUUCUCCGGCGUCGAGCCAGAAAAACAGGAGAAACUGACCGAGGUGCAAACCACCGCCGCAGUAACACAAAUACGGUACCACUGCGAUUCUAUGUUUGUAGGGCUUAGCAACGGCCGAGUCUCAGUUUUCAGAAGGAACCACGAUGACUCCUGGGCCUUGCACGAACCCUUAGCUAUAGAACUAGGCGACAAACCAGUCCACUGCGUCCUCCCAGUAGAUGGCAUUAUAUACGCGACUUGCGCUCGCCGUGUCUUUGCUAUAAACGCACUCACAGCAGAAAUAAUACGCAUACUGGAACUUAAAGGCGACAAUGACCGCUCUGUUAGGUAUUUAGCGCAUUCGGGCGUCGGUCUAUGGACCGCCUUCUCCGAUUCAACCUACGUAAGUUUGUACCACGCGGAAACCUUUGAGCAUCUGCAGAACAUCGACAUCGCUGCUGACGUGGCUAAGACUAUCGGCGCCAGGGAAGGAAGCAAGCCUGCUUUCGUAUCCGCUUUGCUCGCCUGUCAAGGCUUAUUGUGGGUAGGCACGACUGCCGGGGUCAGUGUUACCGUGCCUUUGCCGAAACUAGAAGGACUGCCUCUAGUCGGCGGACACAUUGGCGUAUCAUAUCAUGCCCACGCUGGACCAGUCACAUUCCUGUUAGCUUUGACCCCAGAGUCCAGAGACGUAGACGUUAACGUAGUGCGAAGGAACCUCUCCAACGCUCGAGCUCUAGCUGAAACAUCCACGCUUCACGAAUUCAAAGAGGAGGAGUCUACUAAAGAGGACGGUGAAAAACCAAAACUUGAAAGACGAAUAUCGGAAGAGACUAGCCCUUACCGUCCACAGAGGGUGCAGUCCGCGGUCGUCCGACGGAAGAAACCGGGCGAUGUCCGGCUCAGCAAAACCUUGCCGAAAUGCGCGAAUCUCAAUGCGUGCGAUGUGUAUGGCUUAUUCAGCGACUUGAUGUUCGUAAAAGACUGCGUCGGCGAAGCGGAUGUCAGCGGUUCUGGCGGGGAGGCGCUGCGACGAAGCGAUCCGGAGUUAGCCGCGAUUCCCUUCAGAGUGAGCACACUCGAUCGGCGAUUACGGAUGCGAGCCGGCCGACCUAGAAGUCUCGACUUGUCCAGUUGGUCCGUCGACUCCCGAGCAUCCAGCCUUUGUACUUCAUCAGGCAGCGAAGAGUCCAUGGCUCUCCGGGGCGUGUCCAGAACUAGUUCUGGUGCAUCCGGAGCGGCGAGUCUCGCGCCCAUCGCCGUCUCCACGCCCGAUUCGUCUUCGGGCAAAUCCACAGCUUCCGAUCGAUCGAUAUCUAGAAGUGACUCCGCAACCAACGAAACGAAACCGGCCCCCAAAAGUGCAGCUAGAAGUUUACGCGGCGCCGAUUACAUGUUAGGCGAGAGCCCGGCUCGACGGUCCGUCGUGACGAUAGUCGGAGGACGAGGUUACGUUGACUGGAGACAAACGGCUGACGCAGCAGAAAGACCUGUGCCGGCAGCUGAUCCUAAUCCUAAGGACGCGCAUCUCAUACUAUGGGAAAUGCGCUUGUGACCUGUGACCUGUACCCGCAGCAAACGUACGCGCGUAACAUUUUACGUGAGUAUCAUUGACGGACCCACACUCUGGGUCCGGUUAUUAAUGUGUCAUAUAUUUCAUUACGUAAUGUAAAUAAAUAACGGUGCGUCCUAAGACUUGUACAUUUUCUCCAAGGGCUAUUAUAGGGUAGACAAUUAUAUUAAUUAGAUUUAUCACGUGCUAAAUAUUGUAAAUCUGUUACUUCUAACAUGCCUCCUAUAACGCUGUUUAAGCGUUUGCUCUUAUUAAAUCUAGAUAAGUAUAUAAAUAUAAUAUUUAAUUUGGAAAGUAAAAUUUACACAGAGUGUAAUAAUGUGAUGAGCUUUAAAUUAUUUUUCGAUGUUGCGGGCUUGGCUUUUGCAUCUUGGGCCCUGUUUACAUUGGUUUAUAUUGUGUAUUAUUAUAAUAAAUAUGUAAGCGCUGGUGCAUUAUUUUGUGAUCAUUUAAUUUACAAAUGUUACGAAACUUUGAAAUUUCCGUUAUGUAAUUAAUAAUCUAACUGUACACGCAAAACCUAAUAGGUUUUACGACAUCAAAGUGACCGAUGAUCAUAAAUAAUUAAAAUCUAAUAGCCAUACUAAAAAAACGGUGAUAAAAGUUAGACACUACUACAAAAAGUGAUACAAUUAUAAAUAAAAAACCUUUACUUAUAGGAGUGUCUAACUGUAAUCUCAUUUUUUGAGUAUGCCCUCAAAUAUUUAUUUGUAAAAUUGUAAUUAAACUUAAUAAAUAAUCGAGAAUAACUUAAUUUAAAUUCUUCUUAUUUCGCUAUAAUGUUAAUAUGAUACAUAGUGGCCUUAUUUUUACAUUGAAAUUUCCAGUGUAUGUGUGUAAUUGUUUAUGGAUUCGUUUAAGCUUUAUCGUUAGACAUAAUGUAAUGUCGCUUUAAGAAUUUUAGACUGAUUUAGCGUAAGCGUUAAAACGUAAUGAUUAGUUGAAUUUUUAGUUUUUAGAACGAACACGCGACACGAACGAAUUUCACAAUGAAAUAAAACGGGUCAUAUAACUUGAGGUGCAUACUAAUUUGCGACUUAUUACUGCGUUGCUCGAGAUGACUUUCGAUUACAUUAUUAAUUGGUAAAAAAUAUCUUAUUUAUGGAUCUGUUUCGACCUCGAGCAUCGCAGCUAUCCUUUAACGAGAUGCCUUCUAUAAUUUACUUUACCGUACUUGUUAAAUGUUACAUAGUUGUUUGUACAUGGUUGUCUGUUCAGUCACAAAGUUUAUGAUGUUUGAUUAAUUACGUUUACAAGUUCAUGUUUUGUAACUGGUCGUUUUCUGUAAUUAGAUUAUAAUGGUUUCCGGUCAGUAAACAUGCAAAAUCGUUUGCACAAAUCCAAAGAGAUUAAUCCGAUUUUUUUACAUAAUAAAAUAAUAAUCUAUUCUCAAACAAUCAGUUUUAAAAGUGCCAAAUUGUAAAUUUAUAUACAGAUGUUUGUUUAUAUUGUACAGAAAUUAAUUGCGAUUUAUGUUAAUAUUUAGUAGCUUCAAUCAAUAAUCUCACAUACUUACCUAUAAUUUUGAAACAAAUUAAACCUAUGUUUUAUGUAUUAAAUCCGAUUAUGUAGCAAUUUUGUUAUUGAAACUGAAUUCAUCUAUGUAUACACUACAGAAUGUCACAACUUAUAUGUACUAAGGUGUAAAUAAAUUUAAGUUUAUAUGUAUACACCUGUAUAUAUAGU